AUGACAACGUGGGAGAAACAGUGUUUUCUAGGAUCUGGAUCAUAUGGAAAUGUGCACUUGGCCGUUCUUCAACCCGCCGGGGAAAUGGUGAUGGCGGUGAAGUCCGCCGGUAUCCAUGACUCAGGCUCCCUGCAACGGGAAGCAGUGUUCUUGGAUGCCGUCAGAGACUGCCCCUUCAUUGUUCGAUGCUUCGGGGAAGACGUAAGCAUGGAGCAUGGAGAACAUGUGUACAACCUUUUGUUAGAAUACGCUCCAGGAGGAACUCUCCAUCAAAUGAUCAGGCUAACCGGCGGGAUGCCGGAGUUGCUGGCUGGACAUUAUGCUUAUCAGCUUCUUAAGGGUAUCCAUUACAUGCACACCCUGGGAAUCCUCCACUGCGACUUGAAGCCCGCCAACGUUCUUGCCUUCCCGGGAAAGUUCAACGGCGGCUUGUUGACGCGGCUCAAGCUCUGCGACUUCGGGCUGGCCAAGUUUUCCGACGAGAACAAUGUUUUCGGCGAUGCCCAUCGCGGGACGUUACUGUACGCGGCGCCGGAGUGUUUAAACUCGAGAUACUACACGGCAGCGAAGGAUAUCUGGGCGCUGGGCUGCAUCUUCGUCGAGAUGGUCACCGGGAAACCCAUGUGGCAAGUUGGCAACAAUCAAGAGUUAGCCAGGAAAAUAGCGUCCAGCAACCCAGAAAUACCAGAGAAUCUGUCCCCUCCGGCGAAGAGUUUCUUGAAAAUGUGCUUAGCGACAGACCCAUGGCGAAGAUGGACGGCGAAGAUGCUGCUGCGUCACCCAUUCCUCGAGAGAUUCGGUGUUAUUGAAUGCAAGGAAGACGAAGGUUUUGUGAACCCUUUGGGGCCUAUGCGGUGGUUUUCCAGUAUAGAUCUGUUCACGGUGCCAAUGUAUUCGUAUACUUAUUUUGCGGAAAAUAAUGUUGUGUUCCCGGAGAAGGAGAAAGAAAAAGAAGCUGACGGAAAUGGGGGUCUGAUAUUUCCUUAUGGGGAAGAAUAUAUGCAGCAGAUUUUAGGACAUGACUUCUGA